GUUUUGACUCUUGCCGCGAUAGCAUUCGGACUCGUCGACGUUGUUAGCUAAAUUUUUCAUUUCGGAACGUAGCCAAUUCAGUGUUUUGUUUUUUAUUUUGUUUUGUGUUUGUAAACUUGCAUUUUGUAUUGCAUGUUUGCAUUGGUGUGCGCCGCUACAGCCGCUACACACAAAACAUGUUCGCCAUACAAGUUUACCAGUAUUCGGCGGCUUAUUGUUUUGGCAAUACAAUAACACAACAAAACAAAUGCAAAUGCAAAUACGUUGGUAACACUUAUUUUGCUAUCGGCGUUUAUUUUAGCAUUAUUUAAAAUAACAACAACAACAAUAAUAAUAGUGGAAAUUAUAAAAAAUGAAUACAAAGAAUAAUUGAUAAGUCCAACAAUUGCUGCGCUGCAACGAAACCAGUGAAAGUAAGCAUAUCAUAUAAGAGUAAAAUUAAAAAAAAUUAAAUUAUUUAAAAAUGAAUUAUUAUCGCUUUAGCAUUUACGUAAAUAAUUAACGAAGUGUGUUUAAAAUGAAAGUGCAAAAUAUUUAAAUUUGUCUUCCCACUAAAAAGAAAAUAAUAAUUUGUUUAAAAAAUAAACAAACUAUUUACUUAGUGCCACGCUAACCACCUAAUAAUCCCUUAAAAUAUUUGACAGGGAUUAGGAAACCAAAUUUUAUUUGAAAAAAAUUAAAAAAAAUCAUGUCAAGUCAACCUGCAAGCCAGCCUGAUAGCAUCGACCUAGCCUAUGAUAUGUGGGCUGGCCAAUUUGAAUUUGUCGGACCUGCAACGAAAACAACAAUAACGAGCAACAAUAAUAACAAUAACAAAAGCAUAUUAAAUAAUAAUUUAAAAUUCGGUGAUGAUAAAAACGCUAGUCAUAAACGUUCGACAGAUAGUUUGGAAGAUUUGAAUUUGAAUUUUAACACAACGCCCUCGCAGAAUUCUAUGAACAGCAGCGCCUAUACGCUGGGUAGUUCUUGCAGUGAGCACUACGAUUUCGGCAAGCAACCAAUACUCAUCGAUCACGAAACUUUUCUCAGUUUAAAUCCGAACGAUUUUGACGACAUUGUGCCAUCGGGUCCGAAUUCGCUUGUUUUCAUUGAAAAUAAAUUGAAUGCGGACAAUUGUCCAAUAAGUGAAAGUAAUAAUAACAAAAUAGUGAGUCUGGAAGCCCUAACCAGCAAAUUCAAUAAUUGCAAUAAAACCAACAACACAAAUACGAACGGUUUCAAAUUGGAAAACCUUAAAAAUUUCAAAAAUAAAUUGCUUUGUGAUUUCGAGGAGAAAAGUGUGGUCGGAGUUGGCAGCACUGAUAGCAACAAAAUGAAUGGCUUAAGUGCAGAGAUUUGUGAAAAUUUUAAUGAGCAACUGGAAUUACUGCAACGUCAAGUGACAGAUUUGGCAUCUACCCAAAACAUUGCAGAAGAUCGUACAACGCGUACCAAAACAGAAUAUGCCGUGUUGCAAGCACGCUAUCACAUGCUCGAGGAGCAAUACAGAGAGUCGGAUUUACGUGCUGAGGAACGUCUUGCAGAGGAACAGAAAAGACACCGCGAAUUACUCGCUCGUGUCGAACGUGAGGCAGAAUUGCAAAAUGAGAAUUGCCAAAUUAAAAUCAAAAGAAUUGAAAUUGAAGCAAAUGCAUUACGCGAUGAAGCACAAAGGCUGCGAAUGCUUUGCGAUAAGCAAGCAAAUGAUUUACAUCGCACCGAGGAGAAAUUGGAAUUGUCACGAGAUCAAAUUACAAUGCUCCAACAAGAUCUCGAUGAGGCUAAGCAAAAGGAACGCAAAUAUGAGGAAGACAAAAAAGCGUCUGAAGACCUGAUGCUUGAGUUAAGCAAAGAACUUGAGAGAUUGCGUUCCGAAACAGGACCUGCAAUGCCAACAACGUCACCGGAAACUAUAAGACUGGAAGAAUUGCAUCAAGAAUUAGAAGAGAUGCGACAAAAAAAUAAAAGCUUAGAAGAACAGAAUGAAGAAUUGCAAGCUGCUGUGCUGACACGUGGUGUAGAGGAAGGUCGUCACUUAUUAAAUGGCACCUUAAACAGCUUAGCACAAGAGCUGGAGGAAAUGUCACAAGCACAGGAUUCUGUGGAUUCAGCUACUUUAGCAUCAUUAAGCCAGUUACAACAAGCUUACCAAGAAAAAGAAGAUGAAAACACACGUCUCAAGCACUACAUCGAUACAAUUCUGCUGAAUAUUGUUGAGAAUUAUCCGCAGUUGUUAGAAGUAAAGUCCAUAGAUCGUAAAUAAAAUGAAUAAAACUAAUAGAUAAUGCAGAACAAUAAUAAAAGCAAACAAU